GGGGGGGGAGACUUGGGAACGGCAGCAGGCGGCGGCAGAGUGGUGGGAGUACAUGCUGGAUGCGUCGGGGUUAAUCGAUGGAUUCGGUGCUGUCGGGGGUCCGUACAUCCGGGCCUGCGAGGAGAGGAGGAGGACUAUGCUGGUAAGGGCUAUUAUUUGGAAAUUGGAGCUUUCUAUAAAUUGACCGCAGACGAGGUGGGGGACUGUGGGGGCAGCUCGAGGAUGUCGUUUCCUGACUUGCUUCGUAGCGAGACCUGUUGGCUCUCGGAUUGGCCGAUUGGCGGACUGGAGCAAGCGACAGCGAUAUCAUCAUUGCUUUCGUCUUCGUCUCGGCCAUCGUACUCCGAAGCAGCAUGUUGGACGACGACUCGGGCUGCCUGAUGUGGCGUCUCUGCACCGGCUUUUGGUAAUGAUUAUCAAUCCAGCUACUCGUGCAUCCAUCGUACCUCCACCCGUUCUCCAGAUCCGGGAGGUUUUGAGAAAUGUCGGAGCCUGUGAUUGGCACCGCCAUUGUCGUCGAGGAGUCUCAGUAGUUUGCACCGUUAUGCCACUUAGUUGAUUCUUGGAUCAGACCUGCUUUGAAGGCAGGCUAUGGUGCAAUUCUUCACGAAUUAUCGAUGAGAGAUGAGAAAGCCCGGACGUAGCAAGGAAUUGCAGAGCAUUGCCUUCGGUUUUUUCAUGCCUGGAAUGAUCGCCUACAUCUCCCCCGGUGUCUGCUGAAUUUGCUCGAGUUUCAUGGGCUUUUCGAAUUCUCUCGAGACCCUUCUCGAGGGUAUCGGCGAAUCGCGCUGUCAGUCUGGGAUGGCUAGAAGCUUUCGAUUUGGACUUGAAAAUCGCAUUGCUGCCCUAGAUGUUUGAACUGAUUAAAGCACUUGAAUCAAGAAGGACGUAUUUCUUUGAUGCGAAAGAGAAGAUAACCUCCCCCGCCCGGCAUAUCCGAGAGUUUGAUCGUGAUUGCAUCGGAGCGCGAGGAUGUCGCAGCAACGAGUCAAUGGUGCGAGCAAGAAGGGAGACAUGAUUCCGAUUUUUCCCAGAGGCGUGGAAAGGUCGUGGCAGCCACAACGACAUGUGCUGAUGUCGAAACUGAUUCGGGGGACCUCGAGCCUCGUCGCCCGGCCUUACGAGAGAUUGGCGAGAGGCGUCAGGACCCUGGCGCACCAGCCCUUGUUUUUGUACACUGUGUUCUGGACGUCGUUCUUGGCAGUGAGUGUAACAGUCGCAGCUGUUAGCUUGGAGAUGGGAUUCAGUGCCAGUGUAUCACCGCACGCGGAACAUCUGGAGGCGUGCACUCGGUACGGUAGCUCGAGUAUCUCUUGUAACCACUGUUUCAGAUUGCCACUUGAUGGCCCCAACGAUCAACUCUGCGUUCCAGCUUUGCGCUUCAAAAAGUCGAAUCUAGAUCUCGUAGUCCCUCCCAUAUUCGCCGGCCUCGUCGUGACAGGCUCGGCCUUGUUCGUCCAGUCUCUCUUCUUGUUUAAUGAAUAGCAAGCAGGCUUUUCCCCAUGUCCUCUGAUCUGUUCAUAGCUUCUUCGUCGACCCCCACAUUUGCCCUGACCUCGCGCGCUGGCUCCACGAUGACUCUAGCAGAAUUUCCCUGUGAAAGAUACAGCAAGUCUGACUGAGCCUGAGGAACCGCCCAGACAUUUCACCCGAUUGAACCUGCACUGUGUGCGGUUGCCGAGAUGUAGAGCACCUGAUGAUACCGUCAACUCGUAAUUUCUAGUUUGUCGCCAAAAUGUGGAGUGAAACUCAAAGGUCGUCGUCGCAGUGGUCCCCGAUAUGUGAUUGUGGAAAAGCCGCGCUUUCUCGCUUGCUUGCCAGUCGGAGCCUUUGUACAUUGCAGGAUUAGCAAGUCCAUUAUAUUAAUCUCGAGGGAUGCCAUAUUACACAAUGUCGAGCAGUGGUAAGACUGCUGCUGCCUAGAAGGCGAAUAAAGUCGAGGUCCUCGAGCCUUGAUUGUUCGACGACGUACACAACGUUCUCGAUCUUCUCCAUUCUGUAGGUAGUGGAUUUCUAUCCACUACCUACAGAUUUCAGCAUUCCGGAAGCUAAUAAAUGGCAAAGCCGCUCUUUCAUGAUUCUCCCGCCCUGAAAGUGAACGAUUAAACUCUUGUGCUCAUGAAACAUUCUAAUUGCCCUCGAAGCCAGAGGUCAAGUUGCAUACAGUGGUGUCAUUCUCGAUGUCAUGGGUCGAGGCGAUGGAAUUCAACCGUAGCUAUGGCUGUGCGAUCGGUGUUUGAAGCAACGAAGGACUGUAGGAUCUUCGAGAACUAUCGCGUGAGGUGCAGAUUUGU